AUGGUAUCGGCAUUGGUGAAACGACGACGAGAGGCGUGGCGGCGCCGAGAGAGAAAGCUCGUGGUUGAACGCACCAAACGGGAGCGUCAAAGGCACCCAAAUAUGACAAUCGUGCCGGUCGUGGUGGUGGAUGCGGCGAGGAAGUUCCACGUUGACAUUGAAGGAGACAAGACCAUCGAAGAGCUGAAGGCGAAGCUGCGGGACCCCCGCAAGGGGUUUGGCUGCCCGAUCGACGAGAUGAACUUUUACUUGGCCAAAAGGAGCGGUAAAUGGCUCCAAUCUGGGGUGUCGGAUUUCGAUCAGUUGGCUCGUGGUGAACCAGUUCCAGCUCAGGGAGUGCCUACUGUUUUUCAUUGUUUGUCGCCGAAAUGA